GGAGACAUCUCAUCACAUCGCGACCACCUUCGACGUCGCAGGAUCGCUCCGGUCUCGAGAGCGAAACGAAGGUCAAGUCCAUUUCGGAGUUUCAUGAAGUUCUCGCACGUCCAUCGCCGCUCGACUCGAUCCCAUGCUCGCCAACCUCGCUCGCAAGGCCCUGCUUCAUGCUAGGGUGAUCCUUGCGCUCCCCAACGCCGGAGCUCGAACCCUGCUCCGGCCGGCCUCGACCUCCUCGGAAUCGCGCUCCUUCACGGUCUCCUACCUCGUCAAUGCCUGCGGGUUGUCUCCGGAGUCCGCCCUUUCGGCGUCGCUGCGCGUCCGCUUCGAAACCCCUUCGAGGCCCGACUCCGUCCUGGGUUUGCUCAAGGAACGAGGUUUCUCUCCGACCCAGAUCUCGGACGUCGUCAGCAGAUACCCCACGGUGCUUCUAGCGAGCCCGGAUAAGAUUCUCUUGCCAAAGAUCGAAUUUUUGCGCUCCCGGGGCUUUUCCGAUCCUGAUCUAGCCAGGGUCAUAAGCGCAGUACCGAGGAUAUUGGCCAGGAGUUUAGAGAAGCAUUUGAGGCCUACUUUGGAUUAUAUAGGCGAUGUGGUGCAAUCCGGUGAGAAUGCUGUUGCAGCCAUCAAACGUUAUCCGAGGAUUUUGUAUGAGUCUCCGGGAACUCAACUCAUUCCCAAAAUCACGACUUUGAGGAAUAAUGGAGUGCCUCAUAAAAACAUUGGGCACUUUGUUCUGUACCAUGGGCCGAGAUUCCUGGUAUCGACUGAACAGUUCGAUGAGGCUGUGGAUAGGGUGAAGGCGCUGGGUUUUAACCCUUCGAAAGUGGGUUUUGUCACGGCUUUGCAUGUGAUUAGGUGCAUGAGCGAGUCGUCGUGGAGGAAGAAAAUCGGUGUGUAUGGCAAGUGGGGUUGGUCGGAGGAGGACGUUGCUUUGGCUUUCAGGAGGCAUCCGUGGUGUAUGGCAGUGUCGGAGAGCAAAAUUACGAAAGCGAUGGACUUCUUUGUCAAUGAGAUGGGGCUUGAUUCUUUGCAUAUCGCGCGGCGUCCGGUGGUGAUCUCGCUGAGCUUACGGAAGCGAAUUGUUCCUCGGUGUUCAGUGUUUCGAGUCCUGUUGUCUAAGGGCUUGGUCCAUACCCAUAGCUUGGCUACAUCCUUGAUAAUUCCGGAGAGGAGGUUCCUAGAGGAAUUCGUGACCCGUUAUUUGGGAGAAGCACCCCAAUUGUUGGAUCUUUAUAAGGAGAAGAUGGGUCUUGCAAACUAGUUCUGAGCUUUACGAACUUGUUCGGGCUAAUCUAGGAUCCUUAUGAAAGCAAAAGAAAUUCUACUCCUGCUGUUUUGGGCUAUUUCUGAUAAUUGGGAAGCUGGGUUUUCUGUACUUACCUUCUUUGUUUCAUCCCUGCAGUUCUCCAUGUCUAGCUGUGUUCUAUCAUAAGAUGUUCUGUCAUUUUAGGAAUAGUAUGCUCGCUCAUGAAGAAAGCUUUGCUCUAAUUGAAACUAAAGUAAUUCACUGCUGAUUGUUGAGUAUGUAGUCCGACUUUACUUUAGUUUAAACUAAACUUAGCACUUUUACUCUUUAUUUAUAUGUAUUCCUCCAGUUACCUAUUGCACGCUCAUUGAUCUUCAUGUGAGACCAGUUUUAUUUAUUUCAAUUCUCUGAUUAGACUUUGCUAUAGCUUCUCUUUAUUCUACCUCCAGAAAAACAUGGAUAUAUUGGUAAGUUUGUGGUUGCUCUAGCUUCAUGAUAGGGUUGCCAUCUGAAUGCUUAUUGAAAUUGCUCCAAUUUGUACUA